AUGCGAUGCGCGAGCAAGGCCGCCGAGAGCGCGUCCGCACGUUUCUGUGCGGACGCCGAAGCAGAAACCACAGCAACUGAUGUGUCAUCGGUUGCUGAAGCGACUCAGCCUGUGUCACUUGGUGAUGCAGGCGCUGGUCAUGAAGACACUCAUGUCUUCACAGAGUAUGAGCUCGGUGUCUCAUACUCUCCUGAUACGGAAGACGGAUCCGUAUCGACGGCGAUCGAAUCCAAGCCGCCUGCCAAGCGUGGCAUGGAUGAUGCUAUGCGUCGUAGCAUCUUUGGCUCAUCUGAUGAAUCAGAUGAACCAUCGCCAAAGCGAAGGCGCUCGAGGUCCCAAGACUCAGGCGCUCAUAGUGGUGUCGGUUCUCCUAUUGACUCCACUUCGCAACGAGGUGCCAGUCCUUCUGUCGGCACAUCGCAGGAAGAGCGGGACCGCAAUGUCUUGCGUCUCGCUCCACUAGAAGAAGGCAUGGAUGCCUCCCAAAUCUGUCAUGGAUCACUUGUCGGCGACGACGAGUGA